UUGACUAUGGAAGCAGAGGCUGCUGAUGGAUAUAUAACAUGUGACAACGAGCUUUCCCCCGACAGGGAGCACUCGGGCAUGGCUAUCGACCUCACCUCAAGCACACCCAAUGGGCAGCAUACCUCACCCAGUCACAUGGCGAGCACAAAUUCAGUAAAGCUAGAAAUGCAAAGUGAUGAGGAAUCUGACAGGAAGCCCCUGUGUCAGGAAGAUGAGAUCAGGGCUCUUGAUGAAGGAAGCAGCCUGGAAGAGCCCCUUGCUGACAAUAACGAGAUGAUGGAUAACAGAAAGAUCCAGGAGCUCUCGAGUGAGGGAGGAAUCCGGCUUCCGAAUGGUAAACUGAAAUGUGACGUCUGUGGCAUGGUUUGCAUUGGGCCCAAUGUGCUAAUGGUACAUAAAAGGAGCCACACUGGUGAACGCCCCUUCCACUGUAACCAGUGUGGAGCUUCUUUUACCCAGAAGGGGAACCUGCUGAGGCACAUCAAGUUGCACUCUGGGGAGAAACCGUUCAAAUGUCCCUUCUGCAGCUAUGCGUGCCGGCGGAGGGACGCCCUCACAGGACACCUCAGGACGCACUCCGUGGGCAAGCCUCACAAGUGCAACUACUGCGGCCGGAGCUACAAGCAGCGCAGCUCGCUGGAGGAGCACAAGGAACGCUGCCACAACUAUCUGCAGAACGUCAGCAUGGAGGCUGCCGGGCAGGUCAUGAGUCACCACGUACCUCCUAUGGAAGAUUGUAAGGAACAAGAGCCUGUGAUGGACAACAAUAUUCCUCUGGUGCCUUUUGAGAGACCUGCUGUUAUAGAGAAGCUGACAAGCAACAUGGGAAAGCGUAAAAGCUCCACCCCACAGAAGUUUGUGGGGGAAAAGCUCAUGAGAUUUGGCUAUCCAGACAUUCACUUUGAUAUGAACUUAACCUACGAGAAGGAGGCUGAGCUGAUGCAGUCUCACAUGAUGGACCAAGCCAUCAACAAUGCAAUCACCUACCUUGGAGCUGAGGCACUUCACCCCCUGAUGCAGCACACACCAAGCACAAUCGCCGAGGUGGCCCCGGUCAUCAGCUCAGCUUACGCUCAGGUCUAUCAUCCUAACAGGAUAGAGAGGCCCAUCAGCAGGGAAACGGCUGACAGUCACGAGAACAACAUGGAUGGCCCUAUCUCCCUCAUCAGACCAAAGAGUCGAACCCAGGAUCGAGAGGGCUCCCCCAGCAAUAGCUGCCUGGAUUCUACUGACUCAGAGAGCAGCCACGAAGACCGCCAGUCCUACCAAGGAAACUCUGCCUUAAACCCCAAGAGAAAGCCAAGCCCGGCUUAUAUGAAGGAGGACGCCAAGGCUUUGGAUGCCACAAAAGCUUCUAAGGGCUCUUUAAAGGAUAUCUACAAAGUCAUCAAUGGAGAAGGGGAGCAGAUUAGGGCUUUCAAGUGUGAGCACUGUCGCGUUCUUUUCCUAGACCAUGUCAUGUACACCAUCCACAUGGGCUGCCACGGCUACCGGGACCCGCUAGAGUGCAACAUCUGUGGCUACCGGAGCCAGGACCGCUAUGAGUUCUCAUCGCACAUUGUCCGAGGGGAGCACACAUUCCAUUAGGCCUUCUCAUCCAAAGGGGACUCUUAUGAAGUAGACAAAAAAAACUGCACAUGAAGAAAUACUGCACUUACAAUCCCACUUUUCCUCAGACAUUGAUACACCUAUUUUGUUGUUGUUGCUGUUGUUGUUGUUGCUGUUGUUUAAUUAUUAUUAUUAACCUUAUUUUUGUGGACCCAACCUCAGUUGCUCUGCCCAGCUUAAGAAAGGAAAGAAGGAAGGGAAGGGAUAAAAGAGGGGUUUGCCGUCACUUCUUGCUGAGUGACCUGACUUGCUUUUUAUGGGAAUUGUGGGGAAGGCAGUCUGUUUCUGUCACAAUUAGCUGUGUCUCAUGUCCUAUUUUGGGAUAUUGCUCAACUCUGCUAGGUGCUUUAAAGUCGUAUUGAGAUGCCACUCCUUUAUAAUUUCAGACAAAUAGGUAGGAACAUUUCAGAGGAGAGCCUUUUUCAAAUAUGUAGAUACGGUGUGGGGUUUUGGUGGCUGGAGAAGAGUUGGGGGGGCUUUAUUUUGCAGAAUGAACAAUUGUUUUAAAGCAAAACCGUUUUACGCUAGGGAUUUAGGAGCACGAAUCAAAGUCAAUAUUCCUCUCAAAACGACUUUGUAGGGUGAGCUGUUUCCUGGGUUCAGUGUGUAUUGCCCCUCGAGAAUGUACAAAAAUGUAUGUCUAACACUGUAGCACAUAACAGCAUUUUAGUUUCAUAAGUCCGAGGGCCUUCUGUGGUAAGUUUGAGGCUCUGUAUUUUUAUUUUCCUUAACUUAUGAAGCACCUUUUUUAGAAUUGUUGAUUUGCUCUUACUCCAUGCCUGUGUGUUGACUCACUGGCUUCUUAGAGACCCUUGGGAGCCUUACUUAUUUAGUUGCACCCUAUGUUUUAAGAAAUAGCAUUUACAAAUAACGUUUUAACCUUGCUCCUGGGACAGUAAGUGGCCUAGGAGUGGGUGAGAGAGUCUGUAGUUUACUCAAGAGGUUCUGCUGCUCUUCUAAAAUAAUUUGUUUUAAAAUUGCGAAUUUUCAAAUGACAAAAGUACUAGUAGCAAAGUAUUCUUUAAAUAUAAUUAUAUAUCUAUAUAUACACCUAUAUAAAUACUUUCUCAU